AUGUCUACAAUCGACACAGUGCAAGAGAAGAAUGAAAUUCCAAAUAUACAGAUAGGAGAGAUAAUUGCACAUGGUGCAACAUCGACCGUGCGUAAAGGGAAAAGCGCAAGCGGGGCCGAGUAUGCAGUGAAAAUCAUGUUCACAGACUGCCCGAAUAGAAAAAGCGACGCAAAAAAAGAAGCGGCUAUACACAAGGCGCUUGUGCACCAGCACAUUGUCAAGCUUCAGAGCGUUCAUUUUACAAAGACGCACACAUAUCUAAUAAUGGACUGUGCUGUGAAAAAUGAGCUGUUCAUGUACAUAGACCCCGGAUCGGGCCUUCCAGAAGACAUCUGCCAUUUGUACUUGAAACAGCUGUUCUCUGCCCUGAAGUACAUACACAGCAGAGGAAUAUGCCACAGAGACAUCAAGCCAGAAAACAUUUUGCUGGAUAAAAACUACAACUUGCAGCUGGCUGACUUUGGGUGCUCGACUGUGUAUAGAGGCGCAAACGGGCGAAGGCUUCUCACCAAGCAAUGCGGGAGCUCCAACUACAUGGCGCCUGACAUUCACUGCGGAGAGUACGACGGGGAGUUUGUAGACGUCUGGUCUUUUGGGAUGGUGGCUUUGGUGAUUCUCACGGGAAUUGUUCCAUGGGAGAGCCCGUCCCCCAAGGACCCUGAGUUUGAGCGGUUCCGUCUGAGCACGUUUAGAGACUACUCGCCGUUCAACCUCCUAAACAAAAGAAAGCUUGGCAUGAUUGAAAAGUGCUUGACGGUUAAGCCGGACGCGCGUAUUCGGCUCAGCGGGCUAAGCAUUAAUGAGUGGCUGUCCUCGCCAAACAUGUACAUGGGGCCAGACGGCCUGGUCAGGUCGCCUGAAACAGUUGCUGCCAAGCUGAUUCCGUCAGAAAUGGCUGCGUUUUCCCAGCCCGACGCUUGCAUUUCUCCUGCAGGGCGCGCGUGCAGCUCGCAGCCCGUGUUUCUCAGCUACGACACGUUCCCCAUCGCCACGCGGAUAUACAGCUGUGCACCGCCUAGCAUAAGCAUGCAGGUUUUGUGCAAGUCGCUCUCUGACCUUCUUAUACAGUACAGGGCAACAGGGAGUGUUGUCUCUUUCAGCACGGUCGAUGGGUCAAAGAACCUCAUUAGCGGCGAGAUAUUUUUGAAAAAGUGCGGGCCAGAGACCCUGAUUAUUUUCCAGCGGAUCCGGGGGAAUUGUCUAGAGUAUAAAAAGAUGUUUAACAUCAUCAAGGAGCGAUUUAUGGCCAACGCAGAUGCACACACAUCAAAUUUCCGAUAG